AUGGCCGACGAGGAAACCAAAGAAACUAUAAAGAUGCUGGUAGAGCAAAUAAAUCAGCUAAAAUCAUCAUUGGCAGCUUCCACACAUGCUGGAACCCAUAUGAAUAAUUCUGCGGGAGCUGCGAUAUCCUCAUGUGUGCAGCCGCCAAAACCGUUAAACAUCGAAGGCGAUCCAUCAAAGACAUGGAAAAUAUGGUUACAACACUUCGAAUGGUUUGAACAAGCAGUAAAUCUCGGAUUGAAAAGCAAUGACCAGCAAAUAUCCACGUUCAUGAUGGUGAUUGGGUCAAACUGGUUCGAGAUAUAUAAUAACUGGCCACUGGAGAAACAUUGA